GCGGCGGCGGCGGAGCCCGCGGCUUUGGGUCGCGCCCCACGGCCAGUCCCCACCUCCCCCCGCCGUCACCCCGCUGAGCCUUGUCUUUUUCCCUUUUGCACCUUUCUUACUCUGGGUCGGUCACGUUGCUCGCGCGUCGGUUCGCGGGAGUGCGCAGGCGCGGCGGGGGCGAUUAGCCCCGCUGGGUGGGCGGCGGAGCCCGGGAGCGCGCGGGCGAGACCAUGGCGGGCAGCGGCGCUGGGGGCGGUGGUGUCGGGGAGACGAAGGUGAUUUACCACCUGGAUGAAGAAGAGACUCCCUACCUGGUGAAGAUCCCCGUCCCCGCCGAGCGCAUCACCCUCGGCGAUUUCAAGAGCGUCUUGCAGCGGCCCGCGGGCGCUAAGUACUUUUUCAAGUCUAUGGAUCAGGAUUUCGGGGUGGUGAAGGAAGAGAUUUCAGAUGACAAUGCUCGCCUUCCCUGCUUCAACGGAAGGGUGGUAUCCUGGUUAGUGUCAUCAGAUAACCCCCAACCUGAGAUGGCCCCCCCAGCCCACGAGCCCCGGACAGACCCAGCGCCUCCACCGCCACCUGUACCCCCUCUGCCACCGGAGAGGACCAGUGGCAUUGGAGACUCCAGGCCUCCAUCCUUCCACCCUAACGUGUCCAGCAGCCGGGAAAAUCUGGAGCCCGAGACAGAAACAGAGUCAGUGGUGUCUCUGAGGCGGGAGCGACCUCGCAGGCGAGACAGCAGUGAGCGCGGCGCGGGGGGCCACCGGCCCAGCGGCCCCUCGAGGCUGGAGCGCCACCUGGCAGGGUACGAGAGCUCGUCCACCCUCAUGACCAGCGAGCUGGAGAGCACCAGCCUGGGGGACUCGGACGAGGAGGACACCAUGAGCAGGUUCAGCAGCUCCACGGAGCAGAGCAGCGCUUCCCGCCUCCUCAAGCGCCACCGGCGGCGGAGGAAACAGCGGCCACCCCGCCUGGAGAGGGUGAGGGGCUUCUUGUGGGGCAGCUGGACCUUGGGGGAGUUGGGGGCGCGGGCCUUGGUUUCAGGGGUACAAGGCCCAGACAGGGAGAAUCCUGGGGCUUGUCCCGGCUUGUUGGAGGCAGUCUGGCUCCUUCCCCUUUACCCACCACAGGCCUCAUCCUUCAGCAGCGUCACCGAUUCCACCAUGUCUCUCAACAUCAUCACAGUCACGCUCAACAUGGAGAAGUACAACUUCCUGGGCAUCUCCAUCGUGGGUCAGAGCAACGAGCGGGGAGAUGGAGGCAUCUACAUCGGCUCCAUCAUGAAGGGGGGGGCCGUGGCGGCUGACGGGCGCAUUGAGCCGGGGGACAUGCUUUUGCAGGUGAACGACAUGAACUUUGAGAACAUGAGCAACGAUGAUGCGGUGCGAGUGCUGAGGGAUAUCGUGCACAAGCCGGGGCCUCUCCCCUCACCCCAGCUUGACUGGCCUCCUCUUCCUCACAGCCCCAUCGUGCUGACUGUAGCCAAGUGCUGGGAUCCCUCACCCCAGGCCUACUUCACUCUCCCCCGAAAUGAGCCCAUCCAGCCGAUUGACCCUGCUGCCUGGGUCUCACACUCUGCUGCGCUGACUGGCACCUUCCCAGCCUAUCCAGGCUCCUCAUCCAUGAGCACCAUCACAUCUGGGUCCUCUCUUCCUGAUGGCUGUGAGGGCCGGGGCCUCUCCAUCCAUACAGACAUGGCAUCUGUGACCAAGGCCAUGGCAGCUCCAGAGUCUGGACUGGAAGUUCGGGACCGCAUGUGGCUCAAGAUCACCAUCCCUAAUGCCUUUCUGGGCUCGGACGUGGUUGACUGGCUCUACCAUCACGUGGAGGGCUUUCCUGAGCGGCGGGAGGCCCGAAAGUAUGCCAGCGGGCUGCUCAAGGCAGGCCUUAUCCGGCACACUGUGAACAAGAUCACCUUCUCUGAGCAGUGCUAUUACGUCUUUGGAGACCUCAGUGGCGGCUGUGAGAGUUACCUAGUCAACCUGUCUCUGAAUGAUAACGAUGGCUCCAGUGGCGCUUCGGACCAGGACACCUUGGCUCCUUUGCCCGGGGCCACCCCCUGGCCCCUGCUGCCCACCUUCUCCUACCAGUACCCAGCCCCGCACCCAUACAGUCCCCAGCCCCCACCCUACCACGAGCUCUCGUCCUACACCUACGGUGGAGGCAGUGCCAGCAGCCAGCACAGCGAGGGGAGCCGGAGCAGUGGGUCGACACGAAGCGAUGGGGGGGCGGGGCGCACAGGGAGGCCCGAGGAGCGGGCCCCUGAGUCCAAGUCUGGCAGCGGCAGUGAGUCUGAGCCUUCCAGCCGGGGCGGCAGCCUUCGGCGGGGUGGGGAACCUGGUGCGACUGGUGAUGGGGGCCCUCCCCCAUCCAGGGGCUCAUCAGGAGGUGCUCCCAAUCUCCGAGCCCACCCAGGGCUCCAUCCCUAUGGUCCACCUCCUGGCAUGGCCCUCCCAUAUAACCCCAUGAUGGUGGUCAUGAUGCCCCCUCCCCCGCCCCCUGUCCCUCCAGCAGUGCAGCCUCCAGGGGCCCCUCCAGUCAGAGACCUGGGCUCCGUGCCCCCAGAGCUGACGGCCAGCCGCCAAAGCUUCCACAUGGCCAUGGGCAACCCCAGUGAGUUCUUUGUGGAUGUUAUGUAGAGCGCGUGGUGGGGCCAUGUUGGAUCUCCACCCUUGGCCUGUCAGUGC